AUGCUGAAGCUGGGAGCUUUCCUUGGGCUGGCCGUAAUUCUCCCUUCAAUUGCGGCGUCGGACAGCUCAUCUUGCCGAUGUUUUCCCGGUGAUGAUUGUUGGCCCUCGGUGUCGACCUGGAAUUCCUUCAAUCAGUCCGUUGAUGGACGUCUGAUCGCGACGGUGCCUCUCGCCACCCCUUGCCAUGCGCCCGAGUACAACGAGAAGAAGUGCGAGACACUGAAGGAGGGCUGGUUGCUGCCAGAGGAACACUACCAAUCUUCCUCCUCGUUUAUGGCCCCGUUCUUUACCAACGGGACUUGCGAUCCCUACCACCCCGUCUCCAAGCCCUGCACGCUUGGAAACUUCGUCCGCUAUGCCGUGAAUGUCUCGGAACCUGCUCACGUCGCCAAGACAUUGAAGUUCGCCAACAAGCAUAAUAUCCGAUUCAUCAUCCGCAACACUGGUCAUGACUACAACGGAAAGUCUACCGGCGCGGGUGCCCUCUCAGUCUGGACACACAAUCUGAAGAGCAUCCAGUUCAAGGAUUGGAAGGACGAACACUACACCGGCAAAGUCGCCAAGCUCGGCGCUGGUGUUCAGGGAAUUGAGGCAUACGAGGCCGCUCACAAGCGUGGUCUACGCAUGGUUGGUGGUGAGUGCCCGACUGUUGGUCUGGCCGGUGGAUACAGCCAGGGAGGUGGUCACUCUUCCCUGUCUUCAAAGUAUGGACUAGGCGCGGACCAAGUCCUCGAGUGGGAGGUGAUCGAUGGAACUGGCAGAUUCCUCGUCGCCAACCGUACCCAGAACACCGACCUCUACUGGGCUCUGACUGGUGGUGGCGGUGGCACCUAUGGUGUCGUCUGGUCGAUGACCUCCAAGGCUCACCCCGACAGCAUCGUGUCUGGCGCGAACCUCACCUUCACUACCUCUGGCAUCUCGGAAGACACCUUCUUCAAAGCUAUUGAGAUGUACAACACCCACCUUCCUUCGAUUGUCGAUGAGGGUGUGAUGAGCUUGAACUUCCUGACCAACAACUCCUUCUCGAUCGCCCCUGCAACCGCUCCAGGCGUCCCACUGAAGAAGCUCGAAAAGAUCCUGAAGCCUGUUCUGGACGGCCUUGACAACCUGGGCAUCAAGUACCAAUACCACGGCGAAGAGUUCAAGUCUUAUCUUGAUCAAUUCAACGCCCAGACUCCCCUCGUCGAGAUCGGAGUCGCCCAGUACGGCAGCUGGCUUCUUCCCCGGGCCAUCGUUGAGAAGGGCAGUACUCGCCACGAACUGACCAACUCUGUCCGUACCGUCCUUGCCAAGCACGCCACAUUCACCACUGUCGGCGUACGCGUGACCGAAGACGUUACUGGCGACGUAUACAACUCCGUCAACCCGGCCUGGCGCAGCGCUAUUGCCCACGUGCUCAUGUCAACCCCCUGGGAAUUCAACGAGCCCAAGAAGAUGCAGAAGAGCCGAGACUUGAUGACCAACAUCCUAGUUCCUGCACUGAGCAACCUUGCACCGGACUCUGGUGCUUAUCUGAAUGAGGCCGACUGGCAGCAGCCGGAUUUCAAGAAGGCUUUCUAUGGCAAAAACUACAACAAGCUUCGCGCCAUCAAGGCCAAGUACGAUCCUCACUCGCUCUUCUAUGGCUUGACUGCUGUCGGCUCCGAUGAGUGGAUGGUCUCUGACAGUGGCCGUAUGUGCCGCGUGGGUACCACCUACGACAAGAAUGAGCUGUAA